AUGGUCAAAACCCUUAUACUUAAAGCACUGAGCAACCCUAAGCUAGUUGACGGAUCAAAAGUUGUUUCAACUCCAAUAAUCUUUAAAGAAAACCAAUCUUUCUAUUAUCUGACACUUGAAGCUAUUAGUGUUGGUGAUAUUAGAGUUCCUUUCGACACCAGUACUAGCAGAAAUAAUGAAGUACUACUUGAAAAAGGGAAUAUUAUUAUCGACUCCGGUUCUACUGUAACAUCUCUACCAGCUGAUUUUUACGCAGCAUUUGAAGCAGAAAUGAAGAAAGCCAUUACAGUUGAUCCCGUUAUUGAUCCUAAUACAAGUUUAAGAUUAUGUUAUCCAGGGGAUUCAGACCCAAGUUCGGUUCCAAACGUUACUGCUCAUUUUACUGAUGCUGAUAUUGUUCUUAAUCCCUUGAAACUUUUCAAACUAAACGGCGACAAUGAUGAGCUGUUUGCAUGUCUAGCAUUCCUGCCAACAGACGACGUGGCCAUCUAUGGGAAUAUAGUUCAGAAUAACUUCAUUGUGGAAUAUGACCUUGUGAACAAGUUGGUAUCAUUCAUGUCAACAAUAGAUUGUCGAAUGCCAUAG